GGCUUCUCAGUGGCUACGCGGUACAUUUGCACAAAAACAAACGCUACUCAAUGCGCACCCUUCCCAACGGCAAGGAGCCACACAAACGCGCUUUCCACGGCCUUACCCAACCGCAUGGCACAGCGACACAUUUCGAACCUUUAGUGGUUAGCCUGAAGCAUCAAAUUUUGAUAAGUGUUGUGAAUGGAAAAGGACCACAAAUCUGGAGGUUUUUUGAACGCUUGAUGCGAGUUUAAUAAGGUGACUUUUCGCUUUUGAAGCUCUUCCCAGGUUUCCAUCUUUGUGGGUCUCUCUAUUUUGGGGACCCCCUGAUGUUAACAAAAGCGACACCGGAGUUAUCUUUUUGGAAGGGGGCCUGUGUCUUUAGUAGGUGGAAGGGAUGAUUGAGCCACUGAUAGCUGGUAAAAACAAAAAACAUAUCAUCAAUGAAAUCUCGAUUAAAUUUGCAUGCCAAAAGAAUGUUGAACACAAGUGCUCUCAUGAUUUGGUAGCAUUUGUUGGGUGUUCUGUUGGUGCCAUGCGGCGAUCUUUGACACGCUUGCGGCAGUCGCCUGGGCUUCUCCAAAUGACUGAGGUAGAGGUUCGCCCAGCCCACGUGCCAAUCCUCCUCCACAAGCUCCAGAACUCUGCGGAAGUCUCACAUCAGAGGGGCCUAGGAGGCCCUUUGGGGGCCUUCUACACAGAGCUGGGACAGUCAAAUGGCCGAGUCUAUUUGCUGGAUAACUUUGCCAGCUUCCAUGCCCGUGACCUGAACCAGAAAGCACUCUCUUUGGCAGAUGAUGCCUGCGCAGCAGCUUUGGAGGUGCAGCAACUUUAUGAGAGUAUGCGGACGAGUAUUUUCCUGGAGGCUACAGAUGCUUUAGGAGAAGCCGGACUUUCUGGCGACCUUCUAAGUUUCUCGGCUGAAGGAGGUGAUGAACCACCGGUAUAUGAGUUGCGGACAUACCAGCUGAAGCUUGGAUACACAACAGUUCCAACAUUUGUUGAAAAAUACACCAACGGCCUCAAAGAGAAGCUGGCCGCGGACCAAACCGGCCAAUCCCAUCUUGUGAGUCUUAUGUACAGCGAGGCAGGUGCAGCUCCACUCAACACUGUGCAUGAGCUUGGGCGCCACACCUCCAUCCAGGGCAGCCAAGACUCACGGCAAGCCUCUCGUCGGGCAAGUGGCUGGAAGCAGGCCAUUGCUGAGAUUGCUGAGCUGGCCAUCACUUUUCACUCCCAAUAUUUGCGACCAGUUCCUGGAGUUGGCCAGUUGCAGUAAACGUCAGAGCAACACCGCUCCCUCAACCUCAAUGCGAAGCAGGUGUAGUUUUGGCCAAGUGGGU